GUUAAUUUAAAAUGUCACUUGUUACUGUAACCGGUUGCUUUAAACAUUCAUCAGUUUCAUUUAGCGCCACCUAUUAGCAUGUAAAAUGUCCUGACCAGUGUGCAGAUGACGAGCUAAGCAGCUUGUUAGCUUACAGCUAAACUGCCAGCCUCUGUAGCAAGCAGCGAAAAACAACAGCUGAACCACCUUGCUGCUAGCACGUCUCAACGGCAAUCAGUGAUGGACUCCAGGUCUCGCAGACUUCCUUUCUGUCUGCCCAGCUCAAGGUCGUCCUACACAUCGAGUCCAACUGUCUCCUCCUCAUCACUGUCCUCCAGCAGGUUGUACAGUAGGGACUCUGUGCUCAAUAAUGACCGCCUUCCAAGAGCCUCAUCAUCUUACAAGACAGACCUUGACCACCAGAGUUCUCGCCUCCUGAGCUCCUCCAGAGACUACAGCAGCUCUGACAGUCGCUCCAGCAGCUGGAAGUUACCCUCCUCCCUGACGUCCUCCAGCAGAUCUUAUGAGCGCCCCUGGGCUGAAUCCUCUCUCAGCAGCAGGAGCAAACUGACUGCUCCUGAGCCCAGGUUGGGGAUGCGCUCCAGUCUGUUGAACGUCACUGAUGAUGGCGAUUCUAAAAGGGCAAAACUGUCGUACAGCAACAGAGGACUGUACACGAGAACUCCCAGCACCUCCGUUACAGGAUCCACUUAUUCCAGCACUGGGCUCAGCAGUGGCAGAGGUACAUUAGAGAAGGACACUUAUGAUUCAUCGUGGAGCUCGUGCCGUUUACUCUCACGGUCUUCCUCCUCCAAUCCCCUGUCCAGGAGAGAGCUAGAGACCAAGAAUGACCCCGUUCUCUCAAGUUUGGCGGAAAGAAGGAACAGGACCUCUGGAUUGACUUCCUCAUCAUAUCAAACAGACAGGACCUCCACAUAUGCGCAGGGAGCUCGGCCUAAAGAGUCUACCUACACCCCCUCCUUCUCUUCCUCCUCCUACUCCUCCUCAGCUCGAGAAAGCACCCUGAAUAGCCACCUCUCAGCUUCCUCCCCCUACCGAUCUUCCCCUCUGUUGCGCGAAAGCACCAGAACCCCGUCCCGCUUCUUGAGCAGCUCAUCCACCCUCCGCUCAUCUCAAGAACCAACGAGAAACCCUGUCCCCUCCUCGAACUCCACCUCCUACUCCUCACACACCUCCAGGUUCACGACCCACCUGCCCAGACCAGAGGCCCCGCUCCCUGCCAGGCCGGCCCCGCUCCCUGCCAGACCGGCUCCUGAAGGUGUAGAGUCAGACAGCCGCAGCUCCACCCGACGCCUUCUGUCCCGCCUCUUUUCACGCCGCUCCAGCCAGGACUCUUCCAGCGGUUCCUCCAGUGUCCGCUCACUCGACGAUGACAGCCCGUCCACAGGUGGAGAGUCUGUGGACAGUGAGGAGGGGCCCAGGGUGUCCAGUGUGGAGCCUGCAGCUGGAGGCUCAGAGGGGGGCUUGGGGAGAAACCGCAGAGCAGACCUCGCCCCGAUCCAGGAAAACAACAAUCGCAGCGCACAGGCUCUGUCCAGAACGACGCAGUGGAGAGAGCCUGGUGUGGGCAGUAGUAACACCAGCAGCAGCGGGGGGGGAGGCAGCAGUUACUCCUGGCUCUCCUCCUCCCUCCGCGGCCGCUGCCCUCCCCUCAUCUCCCGCCUUAGGAGACAUACUCUGGGGCAAAAUGCUCACUCUGCUGCCGGCUCGGAAGAAGGCUACAGCCGCCCGCAGCACCUACUGAGAAGGUGGGACAAUCUUGAGCACAAAGUAACACAGGAAGAUGAUGAUGAUGAGGAGGAUGAAGAUGAUGAGGAGGAUGAAGAUGACGAGGAGGAUGAAGGAGCAGUUGGUUUGGAGGCCUUUAAUGCAGGUCGUCCCUACAGACUCGAGGAUGAAACGUUACCUGAACUCGAGGACGAAACAAUCCUUGAACUCGAGGACACAGCAUUCGAUGUUCCGCUACACCGUAGAGCGUACGACAACAUCUCGUCUCAUAUGGUAGCUCUGGGAGCUGAGAGCCAGAGGGAGAAACCCAUCGCGGAUCAGGAGAAGCUGCGAAAGAUCAAGGAGAGACUGCUGCUGGAAGAGUCUGACGAUGAGGAAGGCGACCUGUGCCGAAUCUGCCAGAUGGGGGAGGAGGCAGCCACCAACCCCCUGAUCCAGCCCUGCCGCUGCAUCGGCAGUCUGCAGUUCGUCCAUCAGGACUGCAUCAAGAGGUGGCUCCGCUCCAAAAUUGGCUCCGGCACAAACCUGGAGGCCAUUGCAACCUGUGAGCUCUGCAAGGAGAAGCUGCGUUUGAACAUUGACAACUUCGACAUUCAGGAGUUAUACAAGACACAUGUGCAGUCAGAAUAUGAUGAGUUCAUCAGCAGCGGCCUCUACCUGGUGGUGCUGCUGCAUUUCUGUGAGCAGAGGUUCUCUGAUGUGCUGGGAGCUGUCGAUGCAGCUGGGUUAUUCAGCCUGGUGAGAAUCCUUCAUGAACACAUGGACAAUCUUGAAAUUCCUGGGGAAAGUGACGAGGAGCUGCGAGACAACAGACCGUCUAUUGAGUUUUCUGACCUGGACGACGGUCUUGAAGAGGAGUACUAAUGAUGUGAGUGGUGGAUUGAGGGUAAAAAAAGAAGUGGGUCACUCCCUGCCAUAUGGUAGUUCACCCAGUUUUCACACAUGCUUUGAAUUUGUUAUGUUCAUCUGAAAUGCAUCGGCAGCGAGGAAGGCCAAGUGCUCAGAAGAUGCCUCGCCUUUGUGGCAGGUGGCUUUUGCAGAUAUGCAAACUUGAUAAAUAUUUUUGGUUGACACCACUGUAUUUCUGUUUGAGUGCACUUUAUUCAAUUGUAAUUAAAUAAAAUGCAAUUUCUUUUCAACCCUUAUGCCACAAGUGCUUUAAUGUGUGAAUGGAAAAGCAGAGGGACAGCGGUGACACGUGUCGGUCUGAUGUUGUUGUGAUGACAACUUUUGCGAGAAAAUAUAAAAAGUGGUGAUUUUUCCUUUUAUCGUCUGUUUUCCUCUGAGAAUAUGGUUGAAGAAAAAGAAGAACUUAACCCCAUGCAAAUAAAUGUAAUCAUUGUUGUGUCAGUGUUUUAAAUGCUUUAUGUAUGUACAAAUGUAGUUCAAUUUUGGAAAUAAAGAUUUAAUGCAAACUGCCA